ACUAGACAUGCGAGUCUCUGUGCUGCUCUAGUGCUCGAUCAGUCGAAGGCGGGGCUGCGUGACCUAGCAGAAGCACAAACUCGAGGAUUUAAAGGAUUUAAAUGAUCAUUUCUUUGUCAUGAAUCGGUGAAUUGAAAUCCGACGAUGAACGAUUGCUACAAAGAGUCACUAGUUUCGUCCUAGUUACAUGGAUGAUGUUGACCAAACGAAACAAUGCGUCUUUGCUCUUGUUGGAAAACAGUGCGGGUGGCAUUGCUGGUUCAUCUGUUGUUUCCCUACAUCUGCCUCCAUACAUCAGGUGCACGAAUUAUUGGUCCAAAUGGUACAAAUACCAUAUAUGGAGAAAACGCAACUUUUUUUUGCCAGCUGACUGAGACUGACGAUCAACUAACCAGUAUUACGUGGAACAAGAAGACACAAGAAAACUCAGAAGAAACACCUUUCUUUUCCAUUCGUGCAAGUGACAAAACUAAACACAUAAAUGGAUUGGGGGACAGAGUACAAUAUAUUGGGAACUUUGCAGAGAAAAAUGGCUCAAUUCAGCUGCUCAGAAUGAGGUUUCUGGAUGAAGGGAUCUACACAUGCAUCUUUAAAUUACUUUUUAGUGGGCCAUAUGAGACCAACAUCAAAGCCACAGUUUUUGCUCAUCCUGUGGGUAACGUGAAAGGAGAAGCACCUGUUUCUGGAUAUGUAGAAGUUACGUUGGCAUCCUGUUUUGCCUCAAAUGCACGGCCUGCAGCAGAAGUGAUGUGGAGAGUCGGAGACCUACAAAAAUAUUUGAGAGCUGAAACCAAUCAUACAGUAAACAGCAACGGUACCGUUACUGUUGUAUCCUACCUACUUGGUAUCCCACUCAAACAUUUAAACAAGAAGAACGUCCAGUGUGUGGUGAAACACAAAACCCUGGCUGAGGAACUGGUGCUGAACUACUCAAUAAACAUCCACUAUCCUCCAGAGUCCGUGGUGAUACUUCCCGACAGUCCAACGAACACCAAGAGAUUUGUAUGUGUAGCGGAUAGCAACCCAGACCCAUACUACACCUGGACUAGAGACAAUAAAAGCACUAUCUAUAAAGGCAACAGUCUUCCUUUCCCGUCUUCUGAUUUAAACGGCUUGUACAUCUGUAAAGCUUCAAACCAGUAUGGAAGUUCGUUAGGUUCUCUGUAUGUCCAUGUUCAUAAAGAAUGCAGCACCGUCUGUUGGAGUCUGUUUGGUUUGGUUUGCUGUGUUGUUCUCGCUUCUGCUGCUGCUGCUGCUGCCAUUGUUAAAUUCAAGCCGGAAUGGAUUCCAGUAAGGCGUUCUGAUAAUGAAGAUCCACAGGAACGUGAUCUCUGAACUGGGCAUAAUCUGUUUCUCCAUACACUUGUUUGAAUGCUGGAUUGUGAUUCAUUGGUCAGAGACUAUACCAGCUGCAGCUCAAGCUCCUUCCUAAACCAGUUGUCCUGUCUUCAUCUACGUUUUCUGGAGAACAAAAUACUACUUUCUGUCCUAACCAACCGUGAUGUUUGAUGUACUCGUAAAAGAGGAUUCAGAGAAAGAAAACCUGUUUUCUACUGACACAAAAUGACUGGCUUGAGACUCCACUAAACAAGUGAAAUGAAAGGAAGAUUUUGAUGUGGUGGAAAGUCCCCUUUCUGUAUGAGUAAUAUUAUGUUUCAUGUGUUCUUGUAAAAAAAAAAAAGAGUGAUUUUUUA